CAGUUGCGUUCAAAUGCGAGUUGCAGCGCUCUCCGGCCCAGACAUACAACCAACCCCCCACAAACGCCAUUCUUCACCAUGGUUACCAAAAGCGCACUGAAGAUGGCGCUGGCCGCGGAGAAGGGUGUCGAUUUCAAGAAGCUCACGUUCAAGCGCAAACAGAAGGCCGCCGCCAGGCAACAGCGCAAGGCCAACGGUGGGGCACCAGUCGACGACUCCAGCGCCGACGAGAACGAGGAUGAGGUCGAGGAGGUCGAGGGCGGCAAUGCCGAAGACGACGAGGAUGACGAUGAAGAGGAAUUUCAAGUCGACUUAGAUGCCCUCAACGACAGUGACACUUCCGAGUCGUCAAUCGAGCUCGAGGACAAGAUCCCCCGCAAGAUCUCAAAAAAGAUCCCGGCCCCAGUCGAGGAAGAGGAAGAUGACGAGGAAGAAGAAGACGACGAGGAUAUCCCCAUGUCAGACCUUGAAGACCUCGACGACGCCGACAAGGAAGAUCUCAUCCCCCACCAGCGCCUCACUAUCAACAACACCACGGCCCUGCUCGCCUCUCUUAAGCGCAUCGCCAUACCCACCGACAAGUCCGUCCCCUUCACCACCCACCAGACAAUCGUCGCCUCUGACGAGACUGCCGAGUCGAUCCCCGACGUCUCCGACGACCUCCAGCGCGAGCUAGCCUUUUACCAGCAGAGCCUCGACGCCGUCCGCCUGGGCCGCUCCCGUCUCCGCGCCGAGGGUGUUCCCUUCUCCCGCCCCAAGGACUACUUUGCGGAGAUGGUUAAGGAGGACGCUCACAUGGACAAGAUCAAGGCCAAGCUCGUCGAGGAGGCCACCAACAAGAAGGCCGCUGCCGAGGCCCGCAAAAUGCGGGACCUCAAGAAGUUUGGCAAGCAGGUCCAGGUCGCUAAGCUGCAGGAGCGACAAAAGGAAAAGCGUGAGACUCUCGACAAGAUCAAGACCCUCAAGCGAAAGCGUCAAGAGUCUGGCGGUGGUGAUCUCGGUACCAAGGAGGCCGAUCUCUUCGAUGUUGGUGUCGAGCAGGAAAUCGGCAAACACAACCAGCGCUCCGGCGCCGGCCGCGGCCAGGCUGCCGGCGGUACCAACCACAAGCGGGCGAAGAAGAACGAAAAGUUCGGCUUCGGCGGCAAGAAGCGCCACGCCAAGUCGGGCGACGCCAAGAGCUCCGGCGACCUGAGCGGCUUCGACGCCAAGAGGAUGAAGGCCGGCGGUGGCAGUCGCAACAAGGUCACCAAGUCGCGGCCAGGCAAGGCGCGGAGGAAGUCCAUGGGAACCAAAUAAAAGGGCAUGACGGAGAGAUAGAGCGUUGGUGAGUGGAAUGGAAGAGGAAAAAGGACGUCGUGGUUGGUGGCGAGUUUAGCUUCACGUCUUGUACAAACCAUCAGUCGUACAACCAAAGAGGGCUGGCGUUUAUGGGUCCUUGAUGCGUGUAAUUGAAUCCCAUUUUGCUAGAUCUUGUAUGUGCUACAGUGAAAGUUGUCAUUGGAGUGUGCGAGUGCGAGUCCCAUAAGUACAAGGAGAGUAGUUGCGCCUCUUCGGAUAACUCAUCAUAUACCUCG